UUCCAGUUCUAGAGACCCCCGUUCUAGUUCCAGUUCUAGAGAACCCCGUUCUAGUUCCAGUUCUAGAGACCCCCGUUCUAGUUCCAGUUCGAGAGACCCCCGAUCUAGUUCGAGAGACCCCCGAUCUAGUUCGAGAGACCCCCGAUCUAGUUCGAGAGACCCCCGAUCUAGUUCGAGAGACCCCCGAUCUAGUUCGAGAGACCCCCGAUCUAGUUCGAGAGACCCCCGAUCUAGUUCGAGAGACCCCCGUUCGCGAGUCCCCCGUUCGCGAGUCCCCGUUCGCGAGUCCCCCGUUCCCCAGCCCCCUCAGCCCAGCCCCCCUCGGCCCAGCCCUCAGCGCCCUCAGCCCAGCCCCCCUUCAGCCCAGCCCCCUUCAGCCCAGCGCCCCCUCAGCCCAGCCCCCCUCAGCCCAGCCCCCCUCAGCCCUGCCCCCUCAGCCCCCUCAGCCCAGCCCCCCAGCCCUGCCCCCCUCUGCCCCCUCAGCCCCCCUCAGCCCCUCAGCCCUGCCCCCCUCUGCCCCCUCUGCCCCCUCAGCCCUGCCCCCUCUGCCCCCUCAGCCCAGCCCCCUCAGCCCUGCCCCCUCAGCCCCCUCAGCCCAGCCCCCUCAGCCCAGCCCCCCUCAGCCCAGCCCCCCCCUCAGCGCCUCAGCCCAGCCCCCUCAGCCCAGCCCCCCUCAGCCCAGCCCCUCAGCCCAGCCCCCCUCAGCCCCCCAGCCCAGCCCCCAGGGCUCAAUAACACAGGCUGUUUACAUGUAG